GGGGGCGGUGAAAUCACGCUGCCCUGGUUUGUUUUGGUUAGCAGUUAGCUGUUAGCACACGUGCUCCGGGUUCCACUUUGAUUCUUCACACGUGUUAGCUGAGUGUUAGCACGAGCACAGGAACAGAUGAUCAUGAGGAAGAAACCCAACAUACUCCUGACAGUGGUUCUCAAGCUGUGGAGUGCACACUGCAGGGAGAGGACACGUGUAUGGGGUUUGUUUUGCCUCAUUAGGGUGAUCUACUAUGGUACUCCAGGAGUGGGGAAGACGACCCUGGGGAAGGAGCUGGCUCAAAGGACAGGCCUCACAUAUGUCAACAUCGGCGAGCUGGCACAGGAAGGACAGCUGUAUGAUGGGUUUGAUGAGGAGUACAACUGCCCUAUUCUGGAUGAAGACAAGGUGGUGGACGAGUUGGAGGACAAGAUGGCGGAGGGCGGGGUCAUCGUGGAUUAUCACGGCUGUGACCUGUUCCCUGAGCGCUGGUUUCACAUCGUGUUCGUCCUGCGCACAGACAACACCAAACUGUACACUCGUCUAGAGAGCAGGGGCUACAGUGGGAAGAAGCUGCAGGACAAUGUGCAGUGUGAGAUCUUUCAGACCAUCUUGGAGGAGGCUCUGGAGGCCUACCAGGAGGAGAUCGUGCACCAGCUGCCCAGCAACACACCUGAAGACCUAGAGCAGAACACAGAGCAGAUCGUGCAGUGGACUGAGCAGUGGAUCAAGGACCACAACUAGAGUUUAUCAUGUUAUAGAACUGUAUGUAUGGGGAUAAGGUGAUAUGAGUGAAUAUGGAUUCUAGUACACGGGGAACACUUGUUUCGUCUCCUUGAGGGAAGAGAUGGUCAUUGCCUGUUAAAUACCAGACUGAUAUCCCUGUUAUUUAUACAGAGGGAAUCAGGUCCCCACGUCCUCUGACACAUCUCCACUCAACCAAACAUGAUGGUACAGACAUAUUUGUAUUUCAGUGUAGACGGCUCACAAUAAUUACAAUUAUAAAUUACUGUUCAAUAAAUGAAUGAAAGAAAAAUAAUUUUUGUGCUCAGUAUUUAUCAUGGGUACAAUUUCUUUGCAAAAAUGUGUGAUUAUUUUUGUUAAUUCCUUGUUCAUUCUGUUAUUCAUUUGUUGCAGCUUAUGCUUUUUAAUGAUACUUUGUAUGGUGGUUUACCGUGAGAUCAUCCUUCUUAUUCAGUCAUUUGGAUUAAGUAGUUUGGGUAUUAUCAUCCCCUCCUGGGCAUGUCCUACCGGGAGGAGGCCCCGGGGAAGACCCAGGACACGCUGGAGGGACUAUGUGUCAGGGCUGGCCUGCGAACCUCUCGGGGUCCCCCCAGAGGAGCUGGAGGAAUUGUCUGGGGUGAAUUAAUUCUGGGAGUCCCUGCUUAGACUGCUGCCCCCAUAACCCAGCCCCAGAUAAGUGGAAGAAAAUGGAUAGAUGGAUGGCAUUCAUCCCAGUAUCUAUCGUGUUAUUGUGGCAGGAGCUCAUUGGUCAUCAGUAAUCAGACAUGUUUUUCAGUCUCUUGUUUUGUUUUGUUUUUUUGUUUUUUCUUUGUAAGCAGCCAUGUUUGUUUUGAUAUCGACAAACAGCAUGUUCCAGAUUGGCUAAUCCACCUGUCACUCACAGCUUUUGAAGUGAUUCACCGAUGCAAUGACUAGACUCCCAGUUUCAUAAAGUACUGGAAGAGUGUAUUCCCCUCAGGUUAACAGGGCAGAGCCUGUACACAAACCUAAUAAACCUAAUGAACUGAACUUUUCCAGUGGAGGAUGGACUCAUCGAGCACUUCCUGUUUCAAUUGUGUCAAUACUGAUGACAAAUGGGCUUAUACAUGAGUGGAAACAAGGUCAUAGUUCCCUUUGCCUUGUAUAUGUGAGUAUAGUGUUAGGAUUCUCUAUAAUUGUCUUUGUAUUAUGAGAUGGGACUGGGCUGUAUUGGCUUCUAUAAAUACAGUGCAACAA